GCCCGACCGGAAGAGGCGGGGCUUACGGAGGCCACGUGACGAACAUGGACCCGGUGCUUUACGUGGUGGCGGCGGUGCUGCUGGCGGCGCUCCUCGUCUUCGUCAGCCGCGUCCGGGGACAGGCGCGCGCGGGCGAUGAAGAACACCGUCAGAAUGUGGCAGCAGCAGUGGCAGCAGCCGCCCGACCCCAGCCCGUCGCGGCCGAGCGGGGCGAAGGGAUGCCCAGGCACCGAAGAAACAGGCUGGUGGCCCUGCGACGCUCGCAGCAAGCGGAGGAGGCAGCGGAAGAAGAAGACGAUGGAGCCGAACCGGCUGAAUUCCAAAUUUCCGGAAAGAUUGGAGCAAAGAAACAGCGGAAGUUAGAGGAGAAGCAGGCAAGGAAAGUUCAGAGAGAGGCUGAAGAGGCUGAACGGGAAGAAAGAAAGAAAGUGGAACAAAAACGGGACGAAGAACGGCGUUUGGAAGAAGAACGGCUGCGGCAGGAGGAGGAGAGGAAGGAGGAAGAGCUGAAGAAGGCCAAGGAGGAAGAGGAGAGGCGGGAGUACGAGGAAUACCUGAAGCUGAAGCAGGGCUUUGUGGUGGAAGAAGAAGGGAUGGAUGAAGCCAUGACGGAGGAGCAGUCCCGCAGUUUCGUCACAGAGCUGCUCAAUUACAUUAAGGUAAGUUCCUCUUCCGUACUUGACGUCUUUCCGCGUCUCUACCCAGUUCUUUCCUACUUCCUGGCCUUUGCUAUACUUCAAGCAAUGGCUCACUUAGGAGUAAAAUACUAUCACCUCCUCUUUGGUGCCAAUCAGGUCUCUCUCUGGGGUCUUUAGUGCCCUCUGAGCUGG